AUGCCACCAAUUCGCUCUGAAUCCUCGCAGAAAUUGGCUAAUCAGGAGGGCAAGGUUUUGCUAGCCCUUUCCGAUAUCAAAGAUGGCCGUAUCACCUCUCUUCGCGCGGCAGCGAAGCUAUACGAAAUACCCUUCUCUACACUACAAGCACGCGCCGACGGCCGAAUUGCACGUGUUGAUAAGCGCCCAAAUCGCUAUAAAUUGACGCAAUUAGAAGAGGAUGCACUUACACAAUGGAUAAUAUCUAUGGAUUCACGUGGAGCAGCGCCUAGACCUGCUACUAUUGGAGAGAUGGCGAAUAUCCUACUAGCUGCACGCGGUAGCCAGCCUCCGCCUACUGUUGGAAAGAAUUGGCCAUCUCAGUUUGUUGAACGUCGCGAUGAGCUUCGAACACGUUUCUCGGUACGAUACGACUACCAGCGCGCAUUAAACGAAGACCCAAAAGCCCUACGAGCCUGGUUUGCGACCGUAAAAAACGUGAUUGACGAGAACGGGAUACAACCGGAGGAUAUCUACAACUUCGAUGAGACAGGCUUCGCAAUGGGCCUUAUAUCUUCGCAGAAAGUGGUUACGCGAGCUGAAUUCUACGGUCGGAGACGUCUUUUGCAGCCAGGAAAUCGUGAAUGGGUUACUGCUAUCGAAGCAAUCUGCGCAGAUGGCUAUUCGCUACCGCCAUGCAUAAUCUUUAAGGGCAAAGUUGCUAUUGCUAGUUGGUUCGAUAACCUACCAAAAGACUGGCGAUUUGAGGUCUCUGAUAACGGCUGGACUACCGAUGAGAUUAGCCUACGCUGGCUACAAAAGAUCUUUAUUCCAUCAACGAAUUCGCGUAUACGCGGCCGGUUUCGUCUACUAAUUCUUGACGGCCAUGGUAGCCACCUUACGCCCCAAUUCGACCGAAUCUGCGCAGAAAACGAUAUUAUACCUCUUUGUAUGCCUUCACAUUCGUCGCAUCUACUACAACCACUAGAUGUUGGCUGCUUUGCAGUUAUUAAGAGGGCGUAUAGCCGUUUUGUCAGCGAUCUUGCGCGUACGGGAUACAACCAUAUCGACAAGUGCGAUUUCUUAGAAAACUACCAACACGCGCGGCUAGAAGCCUUCCAAAAGCUAUCUAUCAUUCAGAAUAGCUUUGCAGCUAGUGGCCUAGUGCCAGUCGAUGCAGAAAGAGUGCUUUCGAAGCUCAAUAUCUCCCUACGAACACCUACGCCACCAAGCAGCCGGCCAAGCAGCAGAUCUAGCCAAUUCACGCAAAAAACGCCUCGAACCGUCGUUCAGCUACAUAAGCAAGCUUCAAUGCUCAAAGAUCUAUUAAAGCAGCGGUCGAAAAGCCCUCCGAGCCCAUCAAAUGCUCUAUUAGAUCGGAUUAUCAAGGGCCAUAGCGAAGCGCUAUAUAACACUGCAUUGCUUGCGCAGGAGAACGCGAAUCUACGCAUAGCGAACGAGAGAAUCGUCAAGAAGCGCAAUCGGUCGAAUAGGAAGAUACCCUGCGAAGGGGGUCUAAGCGUCGAAGAGGGCCUACAGCUAAUUAAACAGCUAAACCAGCCGUCAGGCAAAUCCACCACCUACCAGGGCCCCGCCUAG